ACCUGAUUCAUUAUUAUUUUUACUUGAUUUCAUUUUAAUUCAUUUAUUUAUUUACUUAUUUAUUAUUCAAACACUCGACACUAAUUACAAAUAAUUAAAUUUUAUUUUUAUAUUUAAAUUUUAAUUCAAAUGACAGUUGCCUCUUCAUGAUUUUACUCGCGUUUUUAAAACGAGGAUUCGUUUAAAAUUUUUGAAUAAAUAAAUAUAUCAAUUAGUGGAAAUAAAAAAAAAAUAUGGAGACUGCGGCGAUAAAAAUAUUGACACGUGCCGUUGAUAUGGACAAGAAAGAACAAUAUACUCUGGCACUAGUAUUAUAUCAAGAAGGUCUGCAAGUUUUACUCAACACAAUAAAGGAAGUAACUGAUGCAAAAAAAAAAGACCACUUGCGUCUGAAAGCCAAAGGUUAUUUGGAUCGCGCGGAAAAAUUGAAAGAAAUAAUUGAAGAAAAAAAAGCACUGGGACAGUAUCGGGAACAGACGAAAAUCGAAGCUGGUGCUACUGGUCAUGAUUACGACAGUUUGUUUGGCAGAUUUUUAGAUAAUAAUGUGGUUUGGAUACACGUUGAAGAUCCGUAUAUUCGAGCUUAUCAUCAGUGUUUAAAUUUAGUGCGAUUAUGUGAGUUAGCUGUCCGUAAAUGUUCGUCUUUGAGUAAAAUAAUUUUGACAACAACGCAAGAUCCAGAAGAUUCAAAAAAUCAAAUUACACGACUGCAGGAAUUGAAACUCAGCUUGCAACAGUCGAAUAUCAAAAUGGAUGUAAACUUCUCUGAAACUCUUCAUGACCGACAAAUAACCCUCAAUAAUGGCUGGGUUAUAAAAAUCGGACGAGGCCUCGAUUACUUCAAAGCACCCGAUAGCAAAUUCAGUCUCGGCGCCUGUGAUUUGGCCCUUCGAGCCACUCUAGAAACAACCGUAGACAUCUUCCACAAGAACGAUAUCAAAAACUGACCCUUGGAAUCCCUAGAAAAUCAACUUACCCAGGCCUCCAUCGACUUUAUUUACAAAAUUCUGUGUAAAAAAAUUAAUUACCGUAUUUUUUAUUUGUUUUAUUCAAAAUUGUUUUAGCACAAUUUAUAUAUGUUUAAUUACAAAUAUAUGUUUAUAUAUUCAGUAUAUCUAAA